AUGACAUCAGUGUAUAUCUCUGAAAGAGUAGGCGCAUGCUUGAAGGGGUUUAAAGACCUGAUUACUGAAUACAAUAGUUAUGACUCGGACAAGGAAUCUGAACGUGUGUCAGAUAUCCAGGAUGAGUUGUCUCGAUUUAGGGUGUGGACGGGCAAUAUAGGCGCGCAUCAGACUGGUAGGAGCUCUCUUCAAUAUCGCCUAAGAGAUGCUUCGCAUCUCACAUCUCAAGUCUUGAGACUCCUUGAUUCCCUGCACGAGAUGCUUCAGGACGCUUGUUCCAUUAGCCAGGGUAUUAAAGUCCCUUGGACCCAAGCGUACCAGAAACAGAACUUGAGCAGCUUUUUCGCAAUAUUAGCUGACGCAGUCAAUUGUCUUUUACGACUUUCUGUCUCGAUUAAAAAUCCGGCGCCUCAUGACCGAUUCCGACGAUCCCAUCUGACCGCCACAGCCCAUUACGAACCUUACGACAUUCAACAUGUGAGAGAGAAGUUUUCGGGUGGUGAAGAAAGAAUUAGUGAAAGACUCGGAAAAGCUAUUUCUCGUCGUCGUCAAUAUUUCAAAUAUCGAGAAAUGCGUCAUGCUGCAAUGUCACAUGGGCUCGAUAGUGAGGAUAGCAAGACAGAAGCCAAUUAUAUGAGCACUGUUGCAUCCUCUAUUCCGGAGAAUCUGAAAAGUACCGACAUAUUUGCCUUACAAAAUGAUGAAGGAUCUGAAGCUGGACUCUCUCUAACCUCGUAUCCGAGCUCCGUACGCAGUUCGGAUAGACUUCGCAUUCCACCGUGUCCAUCGAGAUCAAACAAUGAGCCUUUCCAAUGUCCGUACUGCUAUAUGAUGAUCAUAGUCAAUUCGGAGAUAGCAUGGAAAAGGCAUGUCUUCCAGGAUCUUCGACCAUACAUAUGCCUGAACAAAGACUGUGAAACACCGCAACAAGACUUUGAGCGACGGCACCAUUGGAUGAAACAUCUCACACAGUACCACUGGAAAGUGUGGCACUGCACCGAGGGCUGUGAGACGACAUUCUCGUCCGCCCGUAGCUAUAAAGCCCAUCUGACUACCGUCCAUCCUAGAGCUUUCCCUGCAACAGAAUUGGAAUCCAUUGUACAGCUUGGGGGGAGACGGGUUGACCCUGAUAAUGGGAUCGAGUGCCCUAUCUGUUGCGUUUUACUCAAGUCCACGAAAGAGUAUGAAAAGCAUGUCGGCGAUCAUCAAGAGCAGCUAGCACUAUUUGCCCUGCCUAAGAUAGGGGAGGAUGACAUUUCAGAAGAGCACUCUAUUCAGCUCGCAGCAGACAAAGAAGGAAUACUGCAAAUGUACAUGAACAUAAGUCCACUUCACGGUCUUCCGACCCGAUAA